GUGCCCAUUUUCGGAGGGGGAACCCCGUCACAUCCUCUUCUGCCCAUUUAUGGGCAGCGGCGCGCACCCAGAAGCUCCUCGGCGGGGAAUCCUCGCGCUGAUGCGGCGGGAGGCGGAGCGCCGGCGGUAUAAAAGGAGCGGCAGAGGGAUCCCAGUAAACAGCGACCAGAGGAAGACAAACCGGAUAACCUAAAGCCACUCAAACCAGCCGAACGAGAACGCGCAGGGAAUCCCGGACCGGAAACCCGAGCGCUGGAGCAAAGGACACACGCGCCUCGUGGAUUUGAAGCACAAACGGGACAUUUUUGUUCGUAACUUGCUGUUUGAUUUGGUACCGCAGCGGAUUUCCUUCAUCAUGCUGAACACAGUGGACUUCAGCGCGCUGGACUUCAUCUGCGAGCGCCAAGCGACCACCGAGCCGGAGACCGGUCUCCUGAAGCCUAAACUCGAGCUUCCGGACUCUCCGUUUCUCUCCGGCUGCGCCGAAUGCUCCUCUGAUCUCUUCCCUCCCUCUCCUCCUUCUCCUCCCUCUCCUCCCUCCGUCUUCCACCCGGAGACAGACGCCCUCCUGAACCUCAUCACAGAGAUCGUGGGUCUGUCUGCGAGCUCGCCUCCGCCCUCCAGCUCGCGUUGCUGCAGCAGCAACAGCGGGGGCGCGCUCCUUCGCCAGGGCUCGGUGGGCUCGGUCGCGAGCUCUCUCGGCUCUCCCGCCUCGCCGUUCUGCAGCGACUCCUUGGACGAACUCGCGGACACGACAGGGAGCGCGUGCCAGCCGCUCGCGGCGCACGUCAAGAAGGAAAGCUUCGACGACCUCUUCGAUGACUUCUUCGAGGACGCGCGCGCCUGCGAGCGCCUCGCGGACCUGGACGACAUUAUCGAACUGCUCUCGCCGCUGGAGCCCGCGUGCGCCCCAGAAACGUGGAUAAAGCAGGAGCCGCUGUACGCGGACGAGUGCGCACAGACCGUCCCGAGCCCCCCAGACUUCACCGCCCAAGUCCAAGCCACGUCCACUCUGCACGGACACGCCUUCUACCGCGCAGCGUGCUUUCCCCAUGACCCCCUCGCGCUGGACUCUCUGCUUUUCUCAACGGCGCUGCCGACCGGAACGCGAGCGCACGCGCCCAAAGCUCCGGGCAGGAAAGCCGCCGCCUCAGGCGCACGCCGCGAGAAGCCCUUCUCGUGCCCCGUGGAGAACUGCGAGCGCCGCUUCUCGCGCUCCGACGAACUCAACCGCCACGUGCGCGUACACACGGGCCACCGACCCUUCCAGUGCCGCGUGUGCGCGCGCCGCUUCGGCCGCAGCGACCACCUCACCACGCACAUGCGCACGCACACCGGCGAGAAGCCCUUCUCGUGCGACGUGUGCGGCCGCCGCUUCGCGCGCAGUGACGAGAGGAAAAGGCACGCACGCGUGCACCUCAAGCAGCGCGAGAGGGCGCAGCAGAAAGCCGAGCUCGCGGCCGCCUGCGCUUUCGCCUUGCCGGGACUGGUGUGAGCGGCGCGAGGGGCGCGCUCGCUAAACCUGCUACGUUUAAUGGCUGCGGUAACGCGCCGAGUUCACGCGCCUCAGCCAGUGAAAGGGUCAGUGAAUACUUGGAGCGUGGAGGUCCUGAAAUGGGUCAGUUUGGUGUCUGUAACCAGAGGUGGCGAGACGGUGACCGCUGUGGAAUGUUAAAGACGGUGGCUGUGUCUCAAAUCGAGCCUUAAGUUCCCUACAUAGUGAAUUCCUGCCUGCUGAAUGAAACCGAGCCUGACCGGUUCCUAACGGGCGCUGGGUUUACUGCAGCACUAUAACAUUGGGACAAUUCAUCCUUCUGGAAAGCUUGUGGCGUCAUAUGAAAAUGAGCUACGCUGGACUUGGAUAGCUUGGCUAUAAGCUAACUGCUAAGCAAGGAUCUGGAAACACUUAGCUUAAAAUACAAAAUACCAAAAAUGACAAAGUACUUUAAACAAAUUACAUCCGUGGACUGACAUUCAAGCGCGCUCAUGUCUACAUUGGGACACCCCUAGACAUGAAGUUUACUACCUACGGAACAAGGGGGCCAGUUCUGAGUGAUUUGAGACACGCCCUCGCACUGAAGGGGAAAGUGUCGUUUGGGUGGGCUCGUGCCCCGCUGUCCUCGGGCUAGCGAAGACAAAAACCCAGAAACGAGAGACUCUGAGCACAAAGCGGACUCCAGUGUCGUUUUGCAGUUUCUGAAAUUGACUUGCAUGUUUUGUUCAGUAUGAUAUGAACGUGUUUGACGCUGCUAGACUCGCGUUAGCAUGCACGUGUUCUUUCUGUUUCCUCACACUUUCUAUGGUCGCAGUGUCGUAUUUUGAUACAUUGCUCUGUUUAAUCCAGACCGAAGAAGCCUAUAUAUUUGUACAUAUAUAUAUAUUUAUAUUUUUUGAAUGUAUUUUUCUACCGUUCAUUUUAAGACCGACAGUAAGAGAGAUAUAUAUAUCUAUCUAUCUUCUUAUAGAUUUGAAUUGAAUUCUUGUAUUCACCUUUGACAGUGGAAUGUGCUUGACUGGUUCGUGCGAACCAAAUGCAGAAGAAAAACAUCAACAUCGUAGUUGAGUUGCAGUAGCACACUUGGUUGUGCAGAUAUCUCGGCCUGUUCCUCGGGGCAGAGCCGGCGUUUGUCUAUAUAUUAUCGUCUACUUGCCUUUGAAAACAAAUGACAAUGUUCUUGUGCGAUGCCACGCUGUUUAAAGCCUUAUGCAUAUUUUAAAGAAGUAAUGAAUGUUUGAAAUAAAAUGAAGUAUUUAUUGAUUA